CACAGCGGCCUUUUACCACGUAACCAGCUGUGUCCAAAUGACACAGCAGUGUCACAGCGUGAGGAAAGUACUGCCGAUAAUCCGAAAAUGUCACAGAGCAGAUCGGCAUUGAUCAGCAGUGCCUCCCACCAGUGCCCAUCAGUGUCGCCCAGCAGUGCUGUCAGUCAGUGCCUAUCAUUGCUGUAUAUCAGUGCAGCUUCAUCAGUGCCUCAAUGCCCACCAGUGCCGCCUCAUCAGUGCCACCUCAUCAGUGCUGCCUAUCAGUGUCCAUCAGUGCUGCCUAUCAGUGUCCAUCAGUGCUGCCUAUCACUGCAGCCUCAUCAA